AUGAAGUCCAUCCUCUGCCUCCUGCUGCUGGCCUUGUGCAGCCCGGGGACUUGGGGACAGUCCCUGAGGCCAACGCAAGGACACACACAGGAGGAAUUCCAUUUCCAGACCCAAGGGCGAGAUUCCUGCAGCAUGCGCACCAGCAGCCUGGGGCAAGGCGCGGGGGAGUUCCAGCUCCGUGUGGACUGCCGAGGCCAAGGCCAGGUGUACUGGUGUGAGUGGAGUGGCCAGCCAGGCCUGUGUCCGGCCUUCACUGCCAACCCCAAGCUUUACUGGACCCAAGCCCUGCAGCAGCUGAAGCACCUGAACCAUGCCUGCCAGGAGGCCCCGGUGCUGAGUCCAUCCGUGUGCCGGAAGGCUGGGCCCCAGGCACACAUGCAGCAGAUGGCCUCCAGCCUCCAGAGCAUCCCAGCUCCCAGCCAGCACCCCGAGACUGCCGAGGCCAAGGAGCCAUCUCCAAAGCCCAUGGUCCCUGUGAAACCCACUAAUGCAAUGCCGCUGAGACAGGGCUCAGAGGAAAAGCUGGGAAAAGCCAAAGCCACCACUGAACCCACAGUCAAGGCCACCCAGCCUGGAGCCAGGCCCAGAGGGGACAAGGAAGCAGGGAAGAUGGCCCAAGAGCUCUUCUGGGAGCCCCUUCGGGCCGUGUUUGCCUUUCUCAUCAGUCUCUUCCGAGGGUGA